CACCUUGUCGGUGCGUGCUCUGCGGAUGACUUGGCUCUACUUGUCCAGUGUGCCAGCCCCAUUCCCCCUUUACGUCUGGUCGUCAAUGAAUGUAAACGUCACUCCCAGCCACCAUUUCCUGGCCCUAGCUAGGGGUUUGAAGAGUUUGAUAAAGUCGGUCCGUUUGCUGGCAGAGUCUGUAGACAUCUCUUCUCAACACCACACAAUCAAACAUCUCCAGCAUUCAUGGCCUAUACACCUAAAAUAGCCAGCAAUAAUCAUUCCUGCCUCGCAUCACACUCGAAAAAAUCACCACUAUUCAACAUGCCCGUCGCCCACAGAUCUCAAGGGUUGGGUGUGUAUGGACUCGCUCACCGUCGGCGGAAGGUAUUACGCGAGUCUAUAAAGGGCAUUACCAAGCCUGCCAUCCGCCGUCUUGCUCGCCGUGGUGGUGUUGUUCGCAUUUCUGGGUUGAUAUACGAUGAAAUCCGUAAAGUGACCCGACAGCGUCUAGCGGAUAUUAUCCAACGGCUUGUCUUCGUCCUUGAAUCAUCCUCGACCCCGCGCUAUGAGCGCAAGACUGUCACUACGCGAGAUGUUGUUUUUGUUCUGAAUCAAAUGGGUAUUCCGGUUUACGGAUUUGCUCCGAACUGAUAUGUUUUAUUGCGUAGCCUGCUGGAUUCUUGGUUGGGGAGAGGAUCUGGUGAAAUGCUUUUGUUGUUUACCAGUGGAAUAGUGGAAGAUUUAUCUA